AUGGAGGGGCCGUCAGUGCCUUUUACCGUCCGAGUGCUCGAUGAUGGCUUCAAUCAUGUAACAAAACCAGUAAAGGCCUCGUCGCCUGUCAACUUUAGCGACUUGCUACCAGCAACAAGCCGGGCCAAACACGAUCACAUAACCGUGCCGCGGGCCGACGACACAGACUUUCUAGGCCAAGAACUUCUUGUCCGACGUUUGAACGAUGUCCAGGACCUCUUGUGGAUCUGCGGGCGUCCGAUGCCUCCAAGACCUCUCCACUACCAAACACUGACCUCGCGGGAGAUUCACAUCACAGAGAAUCCCGAACUUCAUCUCGUCUGGGCCAAGAAUCGCAUCUUCGUCAAGCCGAUACCUAGGUGGCUGCUGGACCCGGACUUCUGGGCCAUCCAUCUCCUUGGCGCCACCGAAGAUGGCAACGACAACAGGAAUCAACCUGGUCCGCGGAAGGACCUGGUCGCUUGUGCGCUCGGAUUCCUCUUUACUUACACAGCUCUCAUCGCGUACGAGAGCGACUUCCGCAUAGCCGUGGAAAAGGGCCUCGUGCCGCCUCAGAUGAGCUGGGACCGAUGGAAGGCCUUCUCGGCUCAAAUCGUGCAUAAUCACUGCUAUGCAUCCGUCAACCCGCGGUACUGGUACGGCGAGCUUCGUCUCAGCCGGUUGAACAAGAUCUAUCGGAUUCGGUUGGGCUAUCUGUUACGAGGAUACUCGAAGGUUGUCUCACAUGCAGUCUAUGAGGAUUUGUUGCGGGACAAUUUCGCGACACUGGCGGCGGUUCUGGGUUACGUUGUCAUCGUCCUCACGGCCAUGCAGGUUGGGUUGGCCACCGACCAACUUGUUGGGGAUAAGUUGUUCCAAAACGUGAGCUAUGGGUUCACAGUGUUUUCCAUAUUGGCCCCUCUAAUCGCCUGUUUCGGUAUCAUUUCAAUGGUGGUGAUCAUGUUCGUGAGUAGUUGGGUGGUGACCAAGGUUUAUGAAAAGAAGAGGUUUCAGGAGAUGGGAGUUGAGCCUUUCUGGAGAGCUCUCAAUAUGCCCCCUCAAAAUGCUCAUUUUGAGCGUUAUUGUCUCGUCACAGUCGGCGCAACAGCCCGCUUCACCCAGCUCUUGACGGAAGUUCUCGACCCCACGUUUCUCGAUUUCCUCGCCAGCAAUCAUUAUACGCACUUAACGCUCCAGUGCGGCAAAGAUUACGAAGAGUUCUCCCGCAAUAUUCUCCCAGCACUUGCCCCUCGAUGGCCCUCCCUCGAGAUUACUGCCUUCGACUUCGUGGACGAUCUCACUACCGAGAUGACAAAAUGCCGAGCUUCCAGUGGCCGCGAAACCGGCGCUGUGAUCUGUCACGCAGGUACUGGCACCAUUCUUGAUGGUAUGCGCGUUAGCGUUCCACUCAUCGUCGUUCCGAACCCGACUCUCAAGGAUAACCACCAGGUUGAGUUGGCCGACGAGAUUCAGCGCCAGGGCUACGGGAUCUGGGGCCGCCUUGGAGACAUAUCCUACGCGAUGGAGCAGCUGCCGCUGCAACUUGAUAAGACCGAGCGACAGUUCAAGGCGCAUUCUGUAGGAGUUCCGAACAUCGACUUGUGGCAGGUCAGCAGUGCGCUGCUAGGCCGGUAUGCUAUGGAAUCUCCCCAGCUUUCGAGAACAGCCACGUCAAGAAGUGUCCCAGGCUCGGGGGAGGUUCAGCGGGAGGAGGUGACCCAGAUGAAGAUGGGCUAG